AUGAUUGUUUUACAAGACCGUGCGGUUCCGGGUGGAGCAAGAGGCCGCCGAGGUCUACGUAACGUCAUCCGCGCCAACCGGUACCGCUGGUGCGUGGCCGCCGGCAUCGCCGGGCUGUUAUGCAUGGUCUGUGUGGGACUCGCCUCUGUGACGUUCAUCGGCAAAGAGCAUGACCAAGACGACUUGCCCACCACGGUUGCCGCCUUGAAGCGUGACCAAGACGACUUGCCCACCACGGUUGCCGCCUUGAAGCGUGACCAAGACGACUUGCCCACCACGGUUGCCGCCUUGAAGCGUGACCAAGACGACUUGUCCACCACUGUUGCCGCCUUGAAGCAUGACCAAGACAUCGACAAGGAACAAACCUUCGAACUGCGUCUUGCCCAGUUAAGACGCAAGACGACAGCCGGUCCGGUGGCUGUUUGGCCCUUGAACGCGAAGUACGGUUCCUCAGACGCCACGGGAAACGGAAAUGACGGAACAGCAACGGGAACCCAGUUAGCCCCUGGUCCAUACGGAAACAGCGACGGCGCUUUCCUGUUUUCGGGAACUUCAGAUUCGUACAUCGACAUUCCCAACAACGGGCAGUUGGAUGUGCAGUAUGCCUACACCAUACUAGCCCACGUAUACCAUACUGGACAGGCCGGGCCGAUCUUCAACUACAUUGGGCAACCCUGGCUCAGUGCGGGAUGGGCUGUACAUCUUUGGCAGACGGCUGCACAUGGUCUCUUUAUGCGGCCGGUUGGAAGAGACGGACAGUUUGUAGCUGGCGUCUCUGCGCCCGGUGUGCUGGAGCUGAACGCUUGGAACUACGUGGGCGGAACCUACGACAGUAACACAGGGGUGGCAUCCGUCUGGAACAACGGAAAACUCGUCGGGCUGAAACGCACCGAAGUCCCGUCAGUCGCAACUGAGGGCGCGGUCCGGGUGGCGGUGAGGGACGGGGACGGGCGGUACUUCGUGGGUCGGAUAGCCUGUAUUCAGCUGUACAAUUACGCCAUGACCUCAGAAGAGAUUGUGGCAGCGAGGAAUCUAUGUGGAGAACAUCCGUAA